UUUUUUUUUUAUAUUUAUCUCAUUCUCUUAUAUAUUAUAGUUAACUUUUUAUGUCUACCAUAUACUGGUAUUCUACUAAUGGCGUGGACAGAAAACGUCUAGCAGAUCGCCAUGUUACUGCAUUAGAUCAAGCUUUUGAACGACAAACACGUGUACAAAUUUAUGACGAUGAAGCUUUUGGAAACUUACCUGCCAUUGCAAGUCCACAUCUUGGAACUAUGACCUCAGGUGAUAUCCAUUAUGGACUUUAUCGACAACCUUCUUUGUGGGAAUCUAAUGACUCAAAUAUGGAUAGUAUGAUGUUAAUGUUAGGUGAUACAAAUGAUCAUUCAAUAGAUAACAAUAAUAAUAUGGAAAAUGGUAUUAUUGAAACAUCAUCAUCUACACUUCCUGCGAUAUCACAACAUCUUUCGAAAAUACAUUCAGAUCAAAGUAGACCAUCUGAUCAUCGACAUAGUACUACUACUACUAUACGACGAAGACACUAUAUAAGAAGCUCUUUGGACACAUUGUGUUGUUCUAUUAGUUAGAUUAUUCUAUUUUUUUG